CAAACAUCACCUAAAAGAUUCAUCCGCUCCAUCGGUCCAUUGUCGUUACAUGCAACUGCUAACCAACUCUGGUUAUAUCACUAGUGCUGGUUUGGGUUACUUAACAGCGUUAAACCAGUUGCGCUGUAUAUAUCUUAACUCUCAACCUUAACAAACAACAUCUGCCGGAACACUCCAAGAAUCUCUCUCUCUCUCUCUCUCUCUGUUGCUCCACCUCCUCUUGUUCUGCAACUUUGCAAAGAAAAACAAUGGUGGGCAGUGACCAAAAACCUCAUGCCAUCCUUAUUGCCUUCCCGCUUCAAGGCCACGUAAUCCCAGCAGUCCACCUAGCCAUGAAUCUUGCAUCCAAAGGAUUCACCAUCACCUUCAUAAACACCCAAUCAAUCCAUCACCAGACUACCAAAGCACAACCAGAUAGCGGCGGCGACAUCUUCGCCGGUGCCCGUAAAUCGGGUCUCGACAUCCGUUACAAAACUGUAAGUGACGGUCUCCCUAUUGGUUUCGACCGAUCACUCAACCACGACCAAUUCAUGUAUUCUCUCCUCCACGUAUCCUCGGCCCAUGCCGAGGAACUCAUUCGAGACAUCGUCAUGUCUGACCUUCCGCCUCCGGCCACCUGUUUGAUUGCCGAUACGUUCUUUGUGUGGCCGUCGAUGAUCGCAAAGAAGUUGGGCCUUGCUUAUGUUUCUUUCUGGACCGAACCAGCUUUGGUGUUUACUCUUUACUAUCACAUGAACCUUCUACGCAUGAACGGCCAUUUUGAUUGCAACAGCAAGCGCGACGACACCAUAAACUACAUACCCGGCGUGCCGGCCAUCGAGCCGACGGAUCUCAUGUCAUACCUUCAAGAGACUGAUACAUCGUCAGUGGUGCACCAGGUGAUCUUCAAGGCAUUCGAGGACGUCAAGAAUGCGGAUUUUGUAGUCUGUAAUACGAUACAAGAGCUCGAACCGGAGACCAUCUCGGCUCUACAGGUCGAGAAGCCAUUCUACGCGAUUGGACCCAUCUUCGUAAGUGGUUUCACAAAGAGCACCGUCGCCACCAGCCUGUGGUCGGAGUCCGACUGUGCCCACUGGCUUGACACAAAGCCUCAUGGGUCAGUCUUGUACGUCUCGUUCGGGAGCUAUGCUCAUGUUGGUAGACAGGAUAUAGAGGAGAUAGCCUAUGGGCUUUUGCUCAGCAAAGUUAAUUUUGUUUGGGUGCUUCGACCUGAUAUCAUAAGCUCCGACGUCACCGAUCCACUUCCUGAUGGAUUCGGGGAGCAGAUGGAGAUGGGGAAUAGAGGGAAGGUUGUGCAGUGGUGCAAUCAGAUUGCAGUGCUCAAGCAUCCGGCAGUUGGAGGGUUCUUGACUCACUGUGGCUGGAAUUCGAUAUUGGAAAGUAUUUGGUGUCAAGUUCCAAUGCUGUGCUUCCCUCUGUUGACUGAUCAAUUCACUAAUCGGAAAUUAGUUGUUGACGAUUGGAGGAUUGGGAUGAACAUCAAGGACAAAAUGUCGAUCGGCCGGAAGGAAGUCUCACAGAAAAUCGAUGCUCUGGUGAACGGGAAACUUGGAGAUGAGUGCAUGAACAAGAUUAAGGAGGUGAGGAAAGCAAUGGAAAAUGCACUGAUGCCGGACGGAUCAUCACAGAAAAACUUGGAUCAAUUUAUCGAGGAUCUGACGGCCAGAACUUACAAUAAGCUUGGAGAUGGCCUCAAGGAACACACAGCUGUUCAUCCAAUCAAGUAAAGACAUAGUGGUGGUAUAUCGUCAGCUAUUUUGGGUUUGUAAUCAUGGCGUUUUGGUUCUGGCAUGUGUGAUGUGUAGCUCUUGUCUGUUGUCUGAUGAAAUAAUUUAGGAUUUGUCAGGGAUUGAUGGCAGAAAUAGAAUUGAUUGUGAUCUUAAUGGGAUAGCUAACAUCAAUCAGUUUCAGUGUCUUGUUAAAAAGUUGUCUUCCACAGUGCUGAAUAGUGAAUACGCCAUUAUAUGCUUA